CAGCAAAUAGCUGCAGCUCCUGGACAAGCUGCACAUUUUGAAGAUCGCCUCCUUUCUGGGCCACAUAAACAAAAAGAAAUCACACUAGAUUGUCGUUAUAUGGGAAGACUGCGGAGAUUUAUCUGGGGUCGAGAUGGCCAAAGCAGCAGAACAAGCCUACUACCGGUUCGUGGUCCUGUUUUUUAACUGUAUGCUGACUUUCGGCUCUUAUUUCUGCUUUGACAUUCCCAGUGUCCUGCAGGAGCAGUUUCAGGGGAAUUUGACAUGUCCAAACGGGACAGUGAGUAACAGCACUGGUAAUGGCACAGGAACGUGUGUGGAAGGUUUGGGAAUGACGCCACAGGAGUAUAACCUGCUCUACGCCGUCUACGCCUGGACGAAUGCUGUGGUGGUCAUCAUGGCGGGAUUCCUCAUUGAUAAGUUGGGAAACCGCUUCGGCGUUUUUCUGUUCUCCUUCCUGACUGUGUUGGGCUCAGCGAUCUUCGCACUGGGGUCUCAUUUUAAGGGCACGACGUACCUGUUGCCCCUCAUGUUGACUGGACGACUUCUGUUUGGAUCUGGAAACGGAUCCCUGACCAUUGUCCAAAACCGUAUCACAGCGUUCUGGUUCCGCGGGAAGGAGCUGGCUCUGGCGUUUGGACUGACCCUGGCCUUCUCUCGAUUGGGCUCGGUACUGAACUUCUUCUUCACGCAGAGGUUUGAGUCUCAGUAUGGUAUGCAGUGGACGCUGUGGGGAGGCACAUUCCUGUGUGUUCUUGGGUUCCUGUCGGCUAUAACGGUCAGUGUUCUGGAUAAGAUGGGCAUGAAGCAGCUGGGAUUGGAUGGAGUGAUUCAGGAGGAGUCACGCAAAGUGAGAGUUCAGGAUGUGAAGCGUCUGUCUCUCAGAUACUGGCUGCUGGUUCUUACCAUCAUGUUCUUUUAUAAUGGCAUCUUCCCCUUCAUCGCUGAUGCCAGUAAGUUCAUCCAGGAUAAAUACAGCGGGUACAGUCAGAAGGAGGCGGCGUACAUCGCGGGUGCUGUGUAUGACAGUUCACUAGUGCUGUCUGCUGCUGUCGGCAUCCUCAUCGACUAUGUGGGGCUGCGCGGUGUGUUUGCAGGGCUCUGUGCCGUGUUGACACUGCCUGUGUUUGGUCUGCUGGCCUUCACGUUUGUCCCUCCUCUCGUAUCUACCAUCUGGCUCGGCAUCACAUACUCAUUUGCUGCUGCAAGCAUGUGGCCUUCAAUCCCCCUGGUGGUGCCUCAAGCCACACUAGGCACAGCGAUGGGAUUGGCCACAUCCAUACAGAUGAUUGGCAUCGGCAUUUCCAACCUGGUGGUGGGACAGAUACUGGGCACCACGUCCAGUGAUGUUAAGAUCCCGCUGUGGAGAUGGCAAUAUAUGAUGAUCUUCAUGCUGGCCAAUACCAUCAGCUGCAUAAUCACCUCUACAAUACUCAACAUCGUUGAUUACAGACAGGGAAGCACACUCAAUAAGACAACUAAGAGAUCCACGGCUCCAAGUCCCGCUCAGACAGACACAGAACCGCUGAUGAAUGAAGAGGACAACGAGGAGAUCAGCAACGCUCCCUCCAUCAACAGGACCUAGAAGAACUUAUGUCCCUAUUCUCCCUUAUUAUGGGACAUUGGACGUUACUAAAGGGAAAACACAUUCUCUCAGAACUAAGCGUGUCAUAUGAUUUUCAGUAUUAAUGCUAACAUAAGUUUAGACCAUUCCUAAACUAUUCUUGACUGCCAAGUUUAUUGAAAUACUUUCGGAAAUGAGAGACAAAUAAUCUUUUUAUUGAGGAAGCUGAUAUGGAAAUGUUGACACUGUCAUCCGUUUUAUAAUAUCAAACUAACAUCUGCUUCGUCACAUAUGAACGAUGUUAUUGUCUGAAUAAUUUGAGGGAAUCAGAGGGUUUUAUCUGUAAAUUUACUGUUACUUCAUUUUAAAAACAUGCUGAAAUGGGUCAGAUUAAAUUGUUAAUACUGCUUUUGAACUUGUAUUAUUGACUGAUUACAAUAUGAUUGAAUAAUAUGCAUUUUGCUCAUUUUAAGGAUUUUUUUUACAAAACAAAAAUAAAGUUUUGUGCCACUAAGA